UUAGGAACACGAAAAAAACACAGCUCAAAAAAUAUCACUUCCUUUCUUUAAAAUUCACGUCUCUCUCUGUUUUCUGCUUCUAAAAAAUGGCGAUGAAGAAAGCUGCUGCCUCCGCAAUUUGCGCCUUGGCUUCAUCAUCCACCUCUUCAGCUUUCUCUAGACACCUCCACGCUUCUGCAGGGAGCAAAAAGAUUGUUGGGGUAUUCUACAAGGCCAAUGAAUAUGCUUCAAUGAAUCCCAAUUUUUCCGGGUGUGCAGAGGGAGCUUUGGGAAUUCGUGACUGGCUAGAAUCACAAGGCCACCAAUAUAUCGUCACAGAUGACAAAGAAGGACCACAUUGUGAACUUGAGAAGCAUAUUCCUGAUCUCCAUGUCCUCAUUACAACUCCCUUCCACCCAGCCUAUGUUACAGCCGAAAGGAUUAAAAAGGCAAAGAACCUGCAAUUGCUUCUCACAGCUGGAAUUGGCUCUGAUCAUAUAGACUUGAAGGCUGCAGCUGAAGCAGGAUUAACUGUUGCAGAGGUCACGGGAAGCAAUGUUGUCUCAGUUGCUGAAGACGAACUUAUGAGAAUUCUUAUUCUUGUCCGGAAUUUCUUACCUGGAUACCAUCAGGUUAUUAGUGGAGACUGGAAUGUGGCAGGUAUUGCAUACAGAGCCUAUGAUCUUGAAGGAAAGACAGUUGGUACUGUUGGUGCUGGGCGCAUUGGUAGGCUUUUGCUCCAACGUUUGAAACCUUUCAAUUGUAAUCUCCUCUAUCAUGAUCGUAUUAAGAUGGACCCGGAGUUGGAGAAUCAGACGGGGGCAAAAUAUGAGGAGGAUCUUGAUGCAAUGCUUCCAAAAUGUGACAUAGUUGUCAUUAACACACCUCUUACAGAAAAGACAAGGGGACUGUUUAACAAAGAUCGGAUUGCAAAGUUGAAGAAAGGGGUGCUUAUUGUUAACAAUGCUCGAGGAGCAAUCAUGGAUACACAAGCAGUUGCUGAUGCUUGCUCUAGUGGACAUAUUGGAGGUUAUAGUGGGGAUGUUUGGUAUCCACAACCGGCUUCGAAGGACCAUCCAUGGCGCUAUAUGCCAAAUCAAGCAAUGACUCCUCAUAUUUCAGGAACCACUAUUGAUGCACAAUUGCGAUAUGCUGCUGGAGUUAAGGACAUGCUUGACAGAUACUUUAAGGGAGAAGAAUUUCCUCUACAGAAUUACAUCGUCAAGGAAGGCAAACUGGCAAGUCAAUAUCAGUGAGCUGUCUAGAGGUGCAGCAUCUGAGGUCCUGGAAUAAUGUACCGUUAUAGAGAGAUUCAGAGUCUUCCAUGAGAAAAUAAUGACUAUGCUGUAACCAGUGAACUUUUGAUGGCUAUAAUUACUAUAACCUUGUGAUUUAUGCAAGAAACAGUAUAUUGUUAUUGUAUGAUAAUAACUUUCCUCUUUGGCGACAAUGGUUUGUGCUUGGACAUGUAUUACUUGAAAUAGAUAGAAAGCAUAACCUAUUGGAAUCUCUUUUAUUCAACUAAAAAUGAUGUAUGAUUGAAAUGUCUUUACUUAAAACUUCA